AUGCCUGGCGAAGUUAUCACCGAGCCAAACCCCAAACCACAACCUUCAAAUCUGCCUGACUAUUUGGAGAAGUUGAGUGUGAGCUUGAACCAUGAGAAUAAAAAUCUUGAUCAGCAUGCCUGUGAUUCUUUGCUCAAAUUCCGCCGAGCGGCCUCAUAUAUUGCAGCUGCUAUGAUAUUCCUAGAGAAGAACACGUUACUGAAAGAAGAUCUUUCCUUUGACCAUGUCAAGCCUCGAUUACUGGGUCACUGGGGAACAUGUCCAGGUCUGAUCCUGGUUUACUCUCAUUUGAACCUCUUGAUCCGGCAAAAGAAUCUGGACAUGCUGUACGUUAUCGGUCCAGGACACGGUGCACCAGCACUUCUAGCCGCACUAUGGCUGGAAGGCUCGCUCGAGAGGUUUUACCCUGAAUAUUCACGCAAUAACCAAGGUCUACACAACCUGAUCUCGACUUUCAGUACACCUUCCGGAUUUCCCAGCCACAUUAACGCUGAGACCCCCGGCGCUAUCCAUGAAGGCGGAGAGCUUGGCUAUGCUCUUGCUGUAUCUUUUGGUGCAGUCAUGGACAAGCCUGAUCUGAUAGUCCCGUGUAUAGUGGGUGACGGAGAAGCGGAGACCGGUCCCACUGCUACAUCCUGGCAUGCAAUCAAGUACAUUGAUCCCAAAGAAUCAGGCGCAGUCCUGCCUAUACUGCAUGUGAAUGGGUUCAAGAUCAGCGAGCGUACUAUCUUCGGAUGUAUGGACAACAAGGAACUUGUAGCUCUCUUCAGUGGCUAUGGAUACCAGGUCCGAUUUGUGGAGGACAUCAACGAUAUAGACACGGAUUUGCACUACUCGAUGACUUGGGCCGUUGAAGAGAUUCAAAAGAUUCAAAAGGCUGCUCGCUCUGGGAAGCCAAUUCUCAAGCCUAGAUGGCCGAUGCUGAUCUUACGGACUCCAAAGGGCUGGUCUGGGCCGAAGAAGCUUCACGGAACAUUCAUAGAAGGUUCUUUCCAUUCACACCAGGUUCCCCUGCCGAAAGCAAAGUCCGACAAGGAAGAGCUUGGUCUCUUGCAGAAAUGGCUUUCUGAUUACAAGCCACAUGAGCUUUUCACAUCAGACGGUGAUAUCAUUGACGAUAUCAAAUCUGUAAUUCCUACUGAUGAUUCCAAGAAACUCGGCCAACGCAUUGAGGGAUAUAAUGGAUAUGUCGCUCCCGACUUACCAGAUUGGAAGGCCCUUUGCGUACAGAAGGGCUCUAGCGAGAGUGCUAUGAAAGCUAUUGGUAGUCUGAUUAAUCAGACAUUUAUCAAUAAUCCGCACAGCGUACGGCUGUUUUCACCUGACGAACUGGAGAGCAACAAACUCGAUGCAGUUUUCGAGUCAACAAACCGCAAUUUCCAGUGGGAUGAAUUUGCUAAUGCACGCGGUGGUCGCGUGAUUGAGGUUCUAAGCGAACACAUGUGUCAGGGAUUCUUGCAGGGCUACACUCUGACCGGCCGCACUGGAAUCUUCCCCUCAUAUGAGAGUUUCCUCGGUAUCAUCCAUACUAUGAUGGUGCAAUACUCGAAGUUCAUCAAGAUGGCACUGGAAACAAAGUGGCACUCAGGUGUUAGCAGCAUCAACUACAUCGAGACAAGCACAUGGACUCGCCAAGAACACAAUGGUUUCUCCCACCAGAACCCAUCCUUCAUUGGGUCCGUGUUGAAGCUCAAGCCAACUGCGGCUCGCGUAUAUCUGCCACCAGACGCAAACACGUUCCUGACUACCAUCCAUCAUUGCUUGGGCUCUAAAAAUUACAUCAACCUGAUGGUGGGCUCAAAGCAGCCAACACCGGUAUAUCUGACUGCCGAAGAAGCCGAGAACCAUUGCCGCGCUGGAGCAUCUAUUUGGAAAUUCUGCAGCACAGACGAUGGAACCAAACCAGAUGUCGUGCUGGUGGGUAUCGGUGUUGAGCUGAUGUUUGAAGUCAUUGCAGCGGCAGCACUACUGCGUAAAAUUGCUCCAGAAUUGCGCGUCUGCGUAGUAAACGUGACCGAUUUGAUGAUCCUUGAGAAUGAGGGAUUACAUCCGCAUGCCUUGACGACUGAGGCAUUUGACACGCUUUUCACGCCGGAUAAACCCAUCCACUUCAACUACCACGGCUACCCUACUGAGCUACAGGGCUUGCUUUUCGGACGUCCCCGACUUGAGCGCGUCUCUGUGGCAGGCUAUAUCGAAGAGGGUAGUACCACUACGCCUUUUGAUAUGAUGCUUGUCAACCGCGUUUCCCGCUUCCAUGUUGCCCAAAAUGCUCUUCGUGGGGCAGCGAAGGUGAAUGAGAAGGUGCGGGUUCGUCAACAAGAGCUGAAUUCUGAGCUUGAGAAUGAAAUCGUCGGGACUCGGAAGUUUAUCUUACAAAACCACAAAGAUCCCGAUGGUAUCUAUGACACGCCAACCUUUAAGUAG